AUGUCGCCAACUUCGACGCUCUACUGCCAAAAAUGUCGCCAGCCACUUGAUCCAGACACUACCAUCGAGGACCUCAACCCAGCUUCAUUCGAUGUGCUGGUUGCAUCGACAGGCAAAGCGCAGCAACCCAACAUUAGUCGCCCGCAUCUGAACUAUCCUCAAGAGCGGAAAGACCUCUACGAUCGUGUCUCGACUCAGACCAAUCCUCCUGUAUACAAACGAUCUAUUCCGGCUCCCCAUGAUGGUCCUACCACGGACCUUCGUUCUGUCUCGGGCCAAGGUCCACGUGCGGGCGCUCCUGACAUGUCUUUCAUCGAAAUAACUCAAUCACAAGCCAUUUUACCCGAACGAGACGUGGUCAAUGGUCACAAAACGGCUCUUAAGAGCAAAGGAGACGGCGACGACGAAAAGAGCAGAAAGAAACACCCCAUUUCUGCAGAGAUUGAGAAGGCUCAGACACUCUAUGAGAUCCUGUCGUCCCGUUCUGACAUCGACCACCCCAUCUGUGCCGAAUGUGCCGCCUUGCUGUUAUCCUCGUUCAGUACUCGUCUAGCCAGUGCCAAUCGCGAAAGAGACUCAUAUGCUUCAUUCUUGAAGUCCAUACAGCAGACAGCGUCUUCCACACAGUCUGCCGGCCAAACUAAGGCUGCCAAAGCCUCCAAAGAUCCUGAGAUGACCUUUGAGUCGAUUUUCGAUUCAUUAAAGCGCACUGAAGACCAGUCUGAAGCUGUCGAGAAAGAGAUCGGAGACUUGGAAGAGGAAUUCCAAAAGGCCGACUUGGAAGAGCAAGCGUACUGGACUUCCCGCAAUGCCAUAGACGACAGGCUCCAUGAAACUACUGUUCGGCUCAAGUCUUUGCAAGAAAAAUAUGCGCACGAUCGUCAGCAGCUGGAGCGAUUGCAACGUACCAAUGUCUACAACGACACCUUCUGCAUCAGUCACGAUGGCUCGUUUGGAACGAUCAAUGGACUGCGGCUGGGUCGUCUACCAGGUCAAAACGUCGACUGGGCUGAAAUCAAUGCUGCAUGGGGCCAGGCUAUUCUUCUCCUAGCAACCGUGGCUGAACGGCUCAAAUUUUCAUUCCAGGGCUAUCGUCUCCGGCCUCAAGGCAGUACGUCGCGUAUAGAGAAGCUGGAAUAUCCCCAGCAAUCGCCUAGUGUGAGCCGACAGAGCAUACAAGAUCGUGGUUCGCACCCGGCUACCGGAAUGUCUGAGCCUAAGAUCACGAUAUUGGACCUGUUCAGCAGUGGCGAUAUGGCCAUUGGGAGACUUCUCAACCACCGUCGCUUUGACAAUGGGAUGGUAGCCUUUCUGGAUUGUAUCGACCAGUUGGCGAAAUAUGUCCAACGUACAUCAAAAGUCGACCUGACCCCGAAAGCCACCCCUGUCAGGAAUGCAAGCGCCCGAAAACCGAGGACAAAUACCAUCCUACCAUAUGAAAUCCAGGAUGACAGGAUCGGAAAUGUCUCCAUCAAGCUAGGCGUUGGUUUCCAUCAGGAUGAAAACUUCACCAAGGCCUGCAAGUAUGCUUUGACGUGCUGCAAAUAUCUCCUCGCCUAUGUGAGCAAUCUUGAAGUUCAGGGCCUGACUAAAUGA